GGAGCAGUUAUGUCAUAAACACCACAUGGUCAAGACUUUGACCGUGGAUAAUCAGGACCUGUGCUUAUUAUGAAGAAAGGCUAACUAUGAGAAAUAGCGAACUUCUCCUCUGGGUUACAUCUGGGCACGUGUACAGUUCCUGGCUACUGAACAUUUCUGUCGUGUAUAAUGCUUAGCAGGCACGCAGAUAGCGAUGACCUUGCUGCUGUGAAGGUGUCAGCCAGAACAUGGCGCGCAUCCUGAACUCAGCCAAGAGAUUGUUCAUUUUCUUAGGAAAAUCACUGUUUGCCCUUCUGGAGGUUAUGGUUUUUGCCUUAAUCCCAAAGCCACAGAAGAAUGUUGCUGGUGAAAUCGUACUGAUAACAGGCUCUGGGAGUGGACUUGGAAGGCUCUUAGCCCUCAAGUUUGCCCGCCUUGGAUCGGUGCUCGUUCUCUGGGAUGUCAGCCAGGAGGGAAAUGAGGAGACCUGCAAGAUGGCUUUGGAAGCUGGAGCCACAAGGGUUUACGCGUAUACCUGUGAUUGCAGCCGGAAGGAGGAAGUGUAUAGAGUGGCCGAUCAGGUUAAGAAAGAAGUCGGCGACGUUUCAAUCCUCAUCAACAAUGCCGGAAUCGUAACAGGCAAAAAGUUCCUCGACUGCCCGGAUGAGCUUAUGGAAAAGUCUUUCGAUGUGAAUUUCAAAGCACAUUUAUGGACUUAUAAAGCCUUUCUACCUGCUAUGAUCGCUAAUGACCAUGGACAUUUGGUUUGCAUUUCAAGUUCAGCUGGAUUAAUUGGAGUAAAUGGACUGGCCGAUUAUUGUGCAAGUAAAUUUGCAGCCUUUGGCUUUGCUGAAUCGGUAUUUAUGGAAACAUUUGCCAAGAAACAAAACGGGAUCAAAACCACUAUCGUGUGCCCAUUUUUUAUAAAAACGGGAAUGUUUGACGGCUGUACCACUGGCUGUCCUUAUCUGUUACCGAUUCUGGAACCAGAAUAUGCAGUCAGGAAGACAGUAGAGGCUAUCCUGCAAGAAAAACCGUACUUAUAUAUGCCAAGGUUUAUAUACUUCAUAGUGUUUUUAAAAAGGACAAGUCUCCGGUUUGUUUACUGUGCCUCCUCACCGUGCAGUGUGAACGUCUGGAUGGACGGGGUCAGAGUGUCAGGAGGGGCGAGCAGGGUGGAGAAGAUGAACAGUCUUAGUUGGGUCAUGUCAAAGCUCGGAGGAUCUCUUGCAUCUAAUCCUCCCAGUGGUCCCAGAGAGAAAGAGCGAUGACCUCUUUUGACAGUGGAAGGAACUGAGUCUCCAGAGGCCAGUAACACUGCAAGUGACAGAACUAGGAUGCAAGCCAGGCUCACGACUCCACAGGACUUCACGGCUUCCUAUCCAUCGUUACAGAGUGUAGUGAGGCCUUGGAGACUGAAUAAUGUAAAUAAAGCAAGGAGAGAUACAGAGACCCUGGGCCAGUGUCCUCCCACGUGGUGGACAAGCCCCGAGUGACCGUGAGGCAGGGACGUUCAGGUGGGCGUGUGUGAGUGACUUCUUCUGCAACAAGUCAGUGGCCCUGCUUUUCAGCGGAGCCAGUAAAGAUGCUUUCAUGAAUUAUAACCAGGAAAGUUCACUCUUGUGUUCUCUUUAGUUUCUUGCCUUCCAAGCUUGGAAUGCUUUUGGCUGAGUAUAUGGGUGUCUUUAAUUCAAUGGAUGGCUUCUCUGGCCAUAAGAAGAAAGACUAAAGACCACCUCUGGCUGAUGUCACCUGAUACGCAAAGCUACAUAAUGUCUGUUUCAAUGACGAAGUGUCUUUGUCCGGAAGAAUGUAUCUGGAAACCACAAGUUCUUCGUCUGCCGUCCGGACUAGUAUUUUCAACCAAUGCCUUUGAAAAUAAUGUUGCGUACUGCUUUUCUGUUGAGUUUUUUAAAUAAAAAACAAACAAACAAACAAACAACCAGCCCAUUU